UGUAUCCGUAUUUAAAGGCGCCAACAAAGACUAAUUCAGGAGCAGCUUCACAAACCUGCCAUUUGCACGCACAUCAUCCAACAGUACAUUACAGCUUUGUUUAUUUAACGCGUUAAGAUGCCAGAGGAAACAGCAGCUGCUUCAACUGCCGGAAGCAUGGAGGAGAAACCUUGCUCGUCAAGCGCUGCAGACAGCUCCGUCGAUGUUUCUGAGGAAGCAAAGAAGCUGGUUGGCACAGGAAACCGGCACUUAGUGAUGGGUGAUGUUGUGUCUGCAGUGAGUGUGUUUCAGGAGGCUUGUGCCAUGCUAGCUGAAAAGUAUGGAGACACUGCUGAUGAAUGUGGUGAAGCCUUUUUCUUGUGUGGGAAAGCCCUUCUGGAGCUUGCUAGGAUGGAGAAUACUGUGCUUGGUAAUGCUUUAGAGGGAGUCCCUGAAGAAUCCUCUGAAGAAGGCGAGAAACAGAAUGACUCUAAAAUUGAAAGUGCAGACAACCUGGAUGAGAAAACCAGAGAUGAGCUUCGAGCACAGGUUUAUGAUGCCAUGUCAGAGGACAAAACUCAGUCAGAGAUAGAAAAAGAGGUGGGAAAAUGUGAGCAGAAGAAUCAAGAAGUUAAGGAGAAGGUUGAAGAGCCAAACGAAGGGGAUGCAGCAUCACCGAAAACUGAGAAACCAGCUGAACAUGAGGCAAAACCUGCUCCAGAUGAGGAGAAACCAGCUGAACAUGAGGCAAAACCUGCUCCAGAUGAGGAGAAACCAGCUGAACAUGAGGCAAAACCUGCUCCAGAUGAGGAGAAACCUGCUGAACAUGAGGCAAAACCUGCUCCAGAUGAGGAGAAACCUGCUGAAAAUGAGGCAAAACCUGCUCCAGAUGAGAAACCUGCUGAAAAUGAGGAACCUGCCGCAGAAGUUAAGUCAAAAAGUGUGGAUGAAAGCGCUCCUAAAAAGGAAGAUGUCACUGUGUCAAAUGGAGUAACCGAAAAGGCUGAAAAAGAUGAAAAGUUUGAGGAGAAAAAUGGAAAUGAAGAGAAUGAAGAGCCCAUGGAAGAGGAUGGAGAUGAGGAUGAAGAGGAUGACGAUGAGGAUGCAGAGGGCGAAUCGAAGGAUAAGGACAGUGAUGAGGAUGAAGUUGGAAACCUACAGUUAGCCUGGGAGAUGCUUGAAGUUGCAAAAGUCAUUUAUAAAAGAAAAGCGAGCGAAGAAGAUCAGCUAAUGGCAGCACAGAUUUACCUGAAACUUGGAGAAGUUGGAGCUGAAUCAGGUAACUACAGCCAGGCUCUGGAGGACUUCAAUGAGUGUUUAACCUUGCAGCUGAAACACCUUCCCUCUCAUAGUCGUCUUCUGGCUGAGACUCAUUACCAGCUGGGCACAACUUAUAGCUACACAACCCAGUACAGCCAAGCCAUUGAGCACUUCUCCAACUCUAUCAAAGUCAUUGAGAGCCGUCUUGCUAUGCUUCAGGAGCUAAUAGAAAAGGCUGAAGGUGCAGAGGCAGCAAAGGAGGAGAAGAGGGAGCUUGAGGAGUUGAAACAGUUACUGCCAGAAAUUGCUGAGAAGAUCGAAGAUGCAAAGGAGAGCCAGAGGACAUCUGCUGCAGCGUCCGAGGCCAUCCAUCAGACUCUUGCCGGAGCAUCCACCUCAUCUGCAUUUGCAGCUGAAAAUGGUGGCCCAUCUUCAUCUACUGCUAGUCAGAUUCCUGUAAGGCCAGCUGAUGGUGCAUCUUCCUCAAAGUCUGCUUCUGACAUUUCUCACCUUGUUCGCAAAAAGAGGAAACCAGAAGAGGAGAGUCCAAAAAAGGAAAGUGAUGCUAAAAAGACUAAACAGGAGACCUCAGUUAAUGGCAGCGACGACUCCGCCCACAACGGCAAUGGAGUCCAGGAGAAAAUGGAGCAGGAGGCGACCAAGUCUUCCUCUGUGGAGACGUCAGCAUAAUGAGCAUCUUCUGAUUGACCACUUACCUUCCAACCAGCAGAGCAUGCCUGCCUCAAACUCCAUGAACAACUUUUUGUCUCUUUGUUUUGUAAAUAACCCGUUUGUCCAAUUUUUGUAUAAUUGUAGUAAACUUUGAAUAAAGGAUAUUUGCAUAUGUGAA